CACCCACUGAUAGGCGGAAGUCCAGCUGAUGGUUGGCACUUGUUACCAUGGUUCCGUGUAAAACAAGACAUUGUGAUUUAUUUACAGAGCGCUUGCCUUGACUUGCCCACGUUUUUAUGCUAUCCUGGACAGCCUCAGACUGUUCCUGGCGACGGUACUUGAUGGCUUUCUUCGGGAUAACAAAUUUGGGCUAUCAAAAUCCCAUCGGAGACAAGAUGCUAGUGAAUCCACGAGCGUCUGCUUCCCACCGCGGUAAAAGCACGCCAGACUCCUUGACCUUUACAGAUGAGGUUGAUUUAAGCAACUGUACCAAACAGUCAAGACUGCCCCCUAUCCAAGUCCAGAGGGGACCCCCAAAAUGCACUGAUACCUGCAGCAUCUACAACCAGCCACCUCCCUUCAGCCCAGACAUACACCAGGGGAGCCAGGAGCGAUACAGAGAGAUGCUCAAACGGAUUCAGACACCCAGAUCCCCAAACCAGCUGUACUCAGUGCCCCUGACAGACAGCCAGCAGUAUGGAUGGUGGAUGCCCAAUGGAGGCCAACAGAAUACGCAGGAACGCUGGACCCAAGUCAGACGAUUCCCCCGCAAGAACAGUGAGAUGACCAAGUUCGUGAAAGAGAUGUCAAUGACGGACCGGGAGUUCAGCUUAUUCUGAUUUCCUAUCCUGCAGUAAGAGACGCAUUCCCACGAUCCCAAGACCCUUGGGGCUAUUGAAAGGACUCUUGUGGUUUGAUAAACGGCCACUUUCGUCAUGGCAUGCUAUAUUUUUUGGAGCUACUGUAUCAUGUAGUCAGUUGACGUCUGCCUUUCAACUGGUACAGUUGAGCUGUUGCCUCCCUCCAGAGGAAUGAAAUGGUAAUUACCCACAAGGAAAGAAUAGGGAGUUUUGUUUCAGUAAUUAGCUACUGUCACUCAGUAAGAGCAUUCAGUAGACCUUAGAUCAUUCAGGAGACCUUGGGGACAGUAACUGAAUAUCUGGGAUCGGGUAUAUUGUUACGGAAUAGUGUCUAGCUGCCAAAUAUUUGAUAGUGUGUUUGUAUUUUUGGUAAAGAUUGUAUUUUGCAUCAUUUCAAUACAUCAACCAAAGCAAUACAAUGAUAACUAAACAUUU